UUUUUUUUCUGACGGAGAAGACUCCCCGGCACAUGCUCUACCUCGGCCGCUGGGCUAACUGGGCGCGGGUUGGCGCCGAGGCGGCAGCGUCCAGGCUCGCUUCUGCUUCGGGGAUGCCCAAGAAGAUUUCUAGAGACACAGCAUUCUGACGAGUGAUAAACAACUGGGGUGGUGCUGCCUAGAACAAAGAAGGGUCCUACCUCAUCCUAUCUGGUUCAAGAAAGCAUACAGAGGAAGAUGAUGAAGGGACUGUCUUUGUUUGGUAAGUGCUGGAAUAAGAUGCACACUUUGUGCCGUCGCUGUGGCUCUAAGGCGUACCAUCUUCAUAAGUCAACCUGUGGCAAAUUCUGGUAUCCUGCCAAACGCAAGAGAAAGUAUAAUUGGAGUGCAAAGGCUAAGCAACGCAACACUACUGGUACUGGUCGAAUGAGGCACCUAAAAAUUGUCUACUGCCGGUUCAGGAAUGGAUUCCAUGAAGGAACAACACAUAAACCCAAGAGAGCAGCUGUUUAGGCAUCUAGUUCAUCUUGAGGAUUCAACUGUUUGUUAAAAUAAAUGUCCUGAAUCA